AUGGCGAUUCAGGAAGCAAGAUACACCACCCUGUUGAGCAACAUGCUGGGCGAGUCCUCACCGAAGCAAUGCACGUACAACUACCCCUUCAAGACGGUCCGCGAGUUCAUCGAUUUCAACGUCAAGGUCACCCGCUGGGGUGAGUCUAGCACCAUGUGGGCUGGCUCAGCCACCCUACAAGGAGGCCGCGACAUGGUCGUCGAAGCCGACACAAUCGAGACCCGGCAGCAGGCCAUCUUCCGCCAGCCCCUCGGUCUCCACCCCAUGCCCAUCUGGUUUGCUCCCGGCAUUCCCAAUUUUGGCACUGGACCCUGCCCUCCCAGUACAUCUCCCCCUGCCCGGAGAACAACACCCGGCUCGUGUGGCAGAAGUUCCCAAACCUAUACGUCGUCGGCCAGCCGAGUCCCAACCGCAUCAAUGCAAACACCACACAGCCUUGGGAGGUCAUCGGCAACCGCACCAGUGAUCCCAGCAAACUCUACCAUCCCGGAGUCUGACUCUUGCUUCCACGACAACGUCACCGGCUAUGACUGUGGUCCCACCAUCUCCCAUGACCGGUACGAACCACUGAGUUUCCCUAGCCGCAAGGUUGAACUCAUUUGGGAUGGUCCUGGCGGUGCUGCCGGGUCCAACAACAGCUACGUCACCUCGACAAUGACCGGCGAACCGACGUUUGUGGCAUGGUUUUUGCAGCUGGCCCUCACUUACACCGAGUUGACGGUGACCGGAAAGAAUCACGGACAUACCUAUCAACCAGCAAGUGAGGCUUUCGAGACUGAUCCCGCCUUGAAAGGCACAGCCUUUAUUGCCAUUGCUGAUACGCACAUGUUUGUCACUCCUUUCAACAUCACCAUGUUGAACCCCACGUUCGUGCCUUGGGACUGUAUCAAUCUGGUUAAAUUCUCGGCGAAAAGAGGAUAUGCUUCGGCUAUAAAUUAA